AUGGGCGGUGUUAUGUCGUAUUUUCGCGGACUUUUUGGAGCAAGAGAGAUGCGAAUUCUUAUUUUGGGAUUAGAUGGAGCCGGAAAAACGACCAUUCUUUAUCGAUUGCAGGUUGGAGAAGUCGUGACAACUAUUCCAACCAUUGGUUUCAAUGUGGAGCAAGUCGAAUACAAGAACUUGAAAUUCCAGGUUUGGGAUCUUGGUGGUCAGACGUCGAUACGGCCAUAUUGGAGGUGCUAUUACGCCAAUACGGAUGCGAUUAUUUAUGUUGUAGAUUCCGCCGAUAGAGAUAGGGUUGGAAUUUCUAAACAAGAAUUGGUAUCAAUGCUACAAGAAGAUGAAUUACAAGGAGCGAUUUUAGCAGUUUUGGCUAACAAACAGGACAUCCCUGGAUGCCUUACUGAGACUGAAGUUUACAAGGCUUUGGGUCUCGACGCGCUUCGAAACCGAACCAUCCAGAUUUUCAAAACUUCAGCCUCGAAAGGAGAAGGUCUCGACGCGGCGAUGGAUUGGCUUGCAAAUCAAUUGCAGCAGAAGAAAUAA